UUUUCACCGCUUCCACUUUUGCUCAAAUCCACCACCCCCACCUCUCCUCUCCCCUCGGCUCUCUCUUUCUCAGUGACUGUUCCACUGUCCCGCCUUUUGCCAUCUCCCUCUCUCUCCUCACCUCCUUUUCCCUCUUCUUUCCUCUUCUUCUUCUUCUUCUUCCUCGAUCGCCUCUGGUGGAAAUUAACUCCCUCUCGAUCCAUGGCCGUGGCCCUCUUAUAGUCCGAAGAAGCCAUCACACGAUCGCUUGUGAUCUAGGAGUAGAAAGUAGCGGCGUGCCUGGCUCUGCGGUAUCCCGUUUGAACAUUGAGCUGUCGUCGGGUUCGACAUUGCAAUGUUGCAAAGGAACCUGCCCAGUCUCUCCCUCCGGAUAAGCCCGCCGGCCGGCUCCUCGACGGCUUCCUCCGGCCCACCUGCAGCUGUGGGGAAGCCGCUGAGGUCGACGGAACCAGCCGACGCGGAGGGAACCGGCCAAGUAGGGUUCUUUGCAAACCCUAGCUCCGGCGCCGAUCCCCCGGGCCUGAGCCUGGGGCUCGGGACCUCGACGAUGCGCGCCGACGCCGGCCGCCACGGCCACCCGCAGGCGCCGCAGGGAUGCGCGUUCAAGCGCGCGGCCGCCGGCAGGGCCUCGCAGCCCGGCGGCUCGAAGAGGAGCGUCCGGGCGCCGCGGAUGCGGUGGACCACCGCGCUCCACGCGCGGUUCAUGCACGCCGUCCAGCUCCUCGGCGGCCACGAGAGAGCGACGCCGAAGUCGGUGCUGGAGCUGAUGAACGUCAAGGAUCUGACGCUGGCGCACGUCAAGAGCCACCUGCAGAUGUAUAGGACGGUGAAGGGCACAGACAGAUCGUCGCACAUCGCCGCAGGCGAGCGGCAGAUGGUGGUGGUGGACGCAGGAGGAGGAAGAGGAUGUGGUGGCGGUGGCGGUGGUGGAGUGGUGGCGACGCUGCCUGCUUGUGAUGUCGACAUGGCUGGCUUCUGCGGCGCGCCUGCGGCAGCCGCGGCAUCUGCGCCGCCUGCCCCGACGACUAGUUCCGCUGCGCAUUUCCUCUGUGCGUCAGCUACAGGAGCCGCAGCAGCUGCAGCGGCUCCACUGGUGGCGCUGGUACCAUCGCCUCCUCCUCCACCCAUCCCCCCGAGGAGAGCUGACCACGCAGCAGUGGCGCUCGAGAAAGGCGUCGCCAUUGUUGACCCAUUGCACCGGUGUCAGAAGCUUGAUUACUCAGCAGCGCUCCAAGAUACUCCUCAGGAAGCUAAAGAGGAGGCGGCCGGUCACCUGCCGCUGGGGGUACAUGGGGGCGUGGAGGGGGCAGUCUCUGGGAACUACUGUUCAAGCCCUGCGAGCUCGUCCCCAUCUCUUGCAAGCUUCGAGCUGCUCGCGGACGACACCUUCGCGCCCAACCUGGAGAUAUCGCUUGGGAGGCACGACUGGGGCAUGGAGCACCCGGAAGAACUGAGCCUGAAAUACCUGUGAAAAAAGAUCUUCUUCUUCUUCUUCUUCUUCUUUCUUUCUUUCUUUCUUUCUUUCUUUCUUCUUCUUUCUUUCCUUUUGGGUUAAUUUCACUCUGCUAACCAUUGAUCAUUAA